UGCUAAAAGAUACUUUUCAUGAUAAUGUACAUGUGUUUAUUUUAUACGCAGUCUGGUUGGUUUCCAUUUUAGUUUCCCUUUUUGACUUCCUAUUUGAGAACGAAGUGAAGUGUGUUGAAAGUACUAGUACUUGAAUUUUUAUGAUUCUUGACUUAACGGUUACCAGUUAAUUUACCAAGCCUAAGGCCAAAGGAAUAUACUGAUUAAGGUUGGGAAAUGCCUCGAUUUGCUCGUGCCUCCGACAGUAACAGGAAAAGACCGCAAGAUGCAACAGAGUGGAAUGAAAUGAAAAAAGAUGACAGAAAUGGAGAGAGGACACUGCAAAAAAAGCUAAAACAAAACGAUUCUGAACUCAGAAAUAAGAAAGAUAAAAGAAAGAAAGAGAAGCAAAACAACGUAUCCCAGAGCAGUUCUCAGGAUGAGGUCAUGUGUCAACAAACUACAGGUAGUAUGGAAUCUCGUCUUAGAAGUCUCUCUCAAGAGACCGUUCAAGAAUCACAACUCAAAGCAGUUUACAAGAAAGUCAAGAGAAGUGAAGACAGAAGACUGAAGAGGAUCCACAAAAGAGAAGAUGAAAUGGUCUGUUACAACUGUCGAGAAUCGGGUCAUUUGAUGUCCGAUUGUCCGGAAGUGAAAAGAGAUGUUGAACAAGGGACUGGCAUCUGUUUUAAAUGUGGCUCAACAGAACAUUCUUCCUCAAAGUGCUCAGUCAGAUUACCACCAGGAAAAUUUCCUUAUGCAAAAUGUUUCAUCUGUGGAGAAACAGGCCACCUAUCAAAGCAGUGCCCUGACAACCCUAAAGGACUGUAUCCCAUGGGUGGAUGUUGCAAAAUAUGUGAAUCAGUAGAGCACUACCAGAGAGACUGCCCAGAACUUCAGAACCAACAAGGUGUGAAAAGUUACUGUCUACCAACAAUUGCAGCCCACACCAGUGUAGAUGCUGAGGUAGACCUGGAAGAAUUAAACCCCAAACCUGCUGCCAAAAAGAAAAAAGGACCUAAAACUGUUGUGUUUUAAUAAAAAUCAAUGCAUCAGAA